GUGGCGGCGCUUAUUUGACGCGUUGAACUCGUUUACAAAGAGGAGGAAGACAGACAUUACGUCAAAAGCGCACAGAAACGCGUUUAUAAUCUGUGUUUCCAGCAUAUGAAGUAGGUCAGUGCUGUUGGCAUGUUUCUGGUGGGGUUGACCGGAGGCAUCUCCUCAGGGAAGAGCACAGUGUCUUCUCAGCUGAAAGAACUGGGCUGUCCUGUCAUCGAUGCAGAUGUGGUGGCCCGGAAAGUGGUGGAGCCCCAAAGCCCAGCGUACAGACUGAUCGUGCAGCAUUUUGGACGUGAAAUUUUGUUAGACAAUGGCGAGAUUGACAGACAGAAACUGGGGCAGAUCAUCUUCUCCAGCCCCGAGAAACGAAAACUUCUCAACUCCAUCACACACCCAGAAAUACAUAAAGAAAUGUUCAAACAAAUACUGCUGUACUUCCUUAAAGGCUACAGAUAUGUGAUUUUGGAUGUGCCCCUGCUUUUCGAAACACGACGUCUCACCCGUUUCCUAACCCACACUGUUGUCGUAUACUGUGACCCGGCGACGCAGCUGUCCCGUCUCAUGCAGAGGGACGGUUUGAGUCCGGAGGAGGCCGAACAGAGGAUCGGCGCUCAGAUGCCCCUCAAAGAGAAGCGUGGACUCGCCAGUCAUGUGAUCGAGAACUCGGGCUCUCGCGAGGACACUCACAGACAGGUGCUGCGGCUGCACACCAAGCUGGAGGACUCAAUGGAGUUCCUGGUCGUCAGGGCCGUCGCCGUGGCAGCCGUCGCCGGGCUCGGCGGUCUGUUCUUAUGUACAGUCAGACUGCUGGUCUCUUAGUAAAGUACAGAACUGCUUCCACAACAACGGUAAUGGGUCUUAAAGGGAUAGUUCACCCAAAAAUCACCAUUCUGUCAACAUUUACUCAUUAUAUGUGGUUUUCUUUCUUCUGUGGAAGUGUGUGGACCAAAAAAUCCCAAAAUAUUUCUUUUUAAUGUUCC